CACCGCUUUCCGACAAGGGGCGCUGUGACCUUCCGUGGUGGCUCUGGAACUUCCGGGGCGGGGCGACCUCGUGCUUUUUCCGGCUUGGGGAUUUCCUUGCGUGGUUUGGGCCCUCUGCUGUCCUUCCGGUCUCUGUUGUCCCUCUCUCCCCACUCCGCGUGUCUCGGUCAUGGCCCCGCUGCUAUUGCCCCUGCUGCUGCGCCCUGUGGCCCGGGCCCUGCGCCCCGCCGCCCUCCCGACCCUGCGCCCUGCCGUGGCGGCUGCCACCCGCGCCUUCGGAAGCCUCCUGGGAGGAGGAGUCGCCGGCCGCCCGGGGCCCGCGCGCCCCCGCCUCCUGCAGCCGCCCCGGAGCGCGCCUGGCCUGUGUUCGUGCACGUGCGGGGGACUCCACACUGAGGGGGACAAGGCUUUUGCCGAAUUCCUGACAGAUGAAAUUAAAGAGGAGAGGAAAAUCCAGAAACACCAAUCCCUCCCCAAGAUGUCUGGGGAUUGGGAACUGGGUGUGCAAGGAACAGAAGCCAAGUUGGUCCGGAGAUUAGCUGGCGAGAGGAUCACAGUCACAUUCAAUAUUAACAACAGUAUCCCACCAACAUUUGAUGAUGAGUUACCAGAGGGACAGAAGGCCCAAGAGGAGCAAGAGCCUGAACUUACGUCAACUCCGAACUUUGUGGUGGAGGUUGUGAAGGAUGAUACCAAGAAGGCCCUUGUUUUGGACUGCCACUAUCCAGAGAAUGAGGUUGGACAGGAAGAAGAAGAGGAGAGUGACAUUUUCUCCAUCCGGGAAGUGAGCUUUCAGCCUGCCAGCGAGUCCGACUGGAAGGAUACCAACUACACACUUAACACGGAUUCCCUGGACUGGGCCCUGUAUGACCACUUGAUGGACUUCCUGGCUGACCGCGGAGUGGACAAUACUUUUGCAGAUGAACUGAUCGAGCUCAGCACAGCCUUAGAACACCAGGAAUACAUCAACUUUCUGGAAGAUCUGAAAGGCUUUGUCAAGUGUCAGUAGGGAGGCGGGAGGCACCCUCCUGUGGCUCCUUAGAAGAGAACAGUUACCUAGAAGCUAUCAUGGAGAAGGGUGUGUAAAAUACUGUCAGACAAAUUAUGUUCCCUGACCGUAAGCUUUUAUUUCCUUGCUCCACUGGCGUUUUUGUACACUGCCAUCACAGAAUGAUGAGAAAUAAAACUGCUUGGACCCUC